AUGGUGAGUUCCUAUCGUCAAAAACCGGGUAUGUUACUUUAUAAUAACUGUAAUAAAAAGUCGCUUUUGUUUUGUUAGUAGGAGUGAGAAACAAGCCGUGUAGGCCCAACUCAGCCCAGGGUUCGAGGCAAGAUGGCUUGAGCAAAAUAUUCUACCGCCUUCACUCCUUCCCUCCUCCUUUUGCUAUUAUCUUCUAAAUUUUUUAGUUUCUCGCUUCACCUUCUUUUUCCGGAGCACAACCACAAAUACAGUGGAUCUCCUGUAUAACGAACCGCUAGGGGACUGGAAAUUUGUUUGGUAUAAAGAAGUUUCGUUAUACGGGACUUUCGUCAUAGAGGAGUUUGUUAUACAGGAGUUCCACUGUGUAGCUCAAAAAUAUUCGUAAUAAGUUAAAACUUUACUUUAAACUUGUUUCAACUUUAUAUAACCUCAAAAACUUUUAGUAUUUCCUCGAUCUCCACAAUACUUCGAUCUCGAUGUUAACAAAUUCCAGCAAUAUGAAUAUCACACCGCCAUACGAUUGAUGCUAAAACUGAAAGCCAAAAAGCUGUUGACUCAAGUUGACGAAACAACUUCAACAUUGUACCAAAUUUGUUCAAAAGACGCCAAACUAUUACCAGAGUUGGCCAGGUGUAUAGUAAAAGUAAUGGACAGUAGAGAUCAAUCGUAUGAAGUUGGUUAUCAAAAUGAAGACAAUCCGAUUGUACUGUUCAUCAAUAGUCUACGACGGGAUUUUGUUGAGAAGAAUGAACACUGGAGAGUUUUCAGAAGAAAGAGGAGUUCAGCAGAGAAGCAGUCAAAGGUUAUAACAAAGAAUAGCAAACUAAAACUAGAAUUUAAAGAUUAUGGCAGUAUAGAGAGCUAUGACAACACUGAUGGCGUAAUGAAAGUAAAAGCGGAUGGUGAAAGGAUUUACAAAACUGAUGUUGCUUUACGUUCAGUUAAAAUGGAAAAACCUUUCUAUCAAAGAGUUCUAUCAGAACCUACAAUAAUAUCAAGUGGAAAAAGUCAUGUACGCUUGUUACCUUCUACAACAUCAAAGAAAGACCUUACUUUAACAUCAAUUCAAGAUCCUAUUACAACGUCAAAUAAAGACCUUCCUAUAACAGCAAACCUCUUGAAUUUGCAGCCAGACCAAAUCCAAGGUAGUUCUUCAAUCCCUGGUAAUACGACCAUAUCUAACAGUACUUCAAGCAUUAGUAGUACGUCAAUUCCUGUAAGCUAUAUUAAAGACAAAGAAGGCAAUGUAAUGAAGGCUACUCGUUACAAAACAAAUAACUACUACAAUGUGAGAACAAUUGAGAAAAAAGAAGACAAAACACAAAUUCAGAAGCCUGAUGAUGUAUAUGAAAAAAGAGUAAUGAAGAAACCAGCGAAAAUAAAGAGCCAAAUGCCGGAAACUUUUUUAAAACUUGAAAAAGUAAAGAGUUACCUAAAGAAAGCAGAAUAUUGUAGAAAGUUUAUGAACAAUCUGUCACGGAUGGCUUCGGAGUAAGUUUAUAAUUAAAGUUCUUAUUUGAAAUACCCAAAACGUCUUUGAAAAACGUGGUUGACAGAACGGCAAUGUUUUGCAAGAACGUUUUGUGAGCUUUUACAAUUCUAAUAAUUUUGCACCAUGUAUACGACUGAACCAGAAGCAGCGAGACACUAUUCACUUAAUUUUUAACUAAAAGUAUCCCACUACUCUUAGUUCUUUCAAAAUAAUAAAUUAAGUGAGGUAGGAUAAUACUAAUCGAAUACCUAUUAUUAAGUAUAUAUUUCAGUUACUUCCAAUCACUCAACCAUACAACAAUAUUCGAGAACCGACCUCCACCAGUUUUUUCUGCAUUUGAACAAUUUGUGAAUUUGUUUGAGAAUAGUCAAGCUUUCAAGAGAUUGUCGAUAUUAUCACCACGUUUAUUUGGACUGUUUCCCAAAGAGAAAAAUAACGGACCUGAAUUCUUGUCACCUGAACUGUUGAGCUUUCACGACGAUGGCUUUUUUACUAUACCUUCGAUUAUACAGGUGGGGUGUUUUAUUGCAUUGGUAGUGUAGAAUAAGGUAGGGCAGAGUAGAGUAGGGUAAAGCAAGACAAGGCAAGCAAAAAGUAGGGUAAAAAAAUUUUUUUUAAAUUACGUAAUAUAUAAAGCAUUACCUAUAACAACAUUUUUAGAACUUUGCCAUAACCCAAAGCGAAGUAUACGAAUGGACAGACUUUCUAAUGAAGCUGACUGGCGCGGCACAACAAAUCGAUGACAUUUUAACAAGCAACAAAGAUGAGAUCGACUUCAUAGAGAAUGUAGCCUACCCAAAGAUUAAGUCAUACGAGGAUACUGUAGCUAAAUAUUCAAAUUUUAAAAAUUCUUUUUCGAAAUUUCAACAAAAUCAACUUCAAAAACAUGGUUACACGUUUACAACGUCUACACAAUCUAAAUUUUUGUACGGUGAAACAUCAGGAACAGUAAAAGAUUAUGAAGAUAGCACACAAAAAGAAGAGAAGUUAGAGAAAAAGAUCAGAGAAUUGGCUAAAAUGGAUAAAAAUAGUGUUCUUGAAGCAGAAAAAGGUGCUUACUUUACCAUGUUUACGCAAGACAGUAACAAUGUCAGAGUAAAGCGCCAAGAGAGUCCUGAUACAGAACAUCACGGUCCUCAAGUGGUACUACUAGAGCCAUGGGUGUUUGAACAUCGUGAAGGUGCUGUUGUGUUAGAAGGAAUCAUAUUGUCACCUCACGCAUUUGCUGGGGAUUUGAUGUCACCGGAGCUUUUAACGGUAUGUAUGUUUACUUUUUGUUUUAAAAUGGCACUAAUGUUAUAUUUUGAAAUUUUUUUUAUUUGUGACACUUCGUUACUUUUUCCAAUACUUUUGUGAAAUUUCGUUAUUUUCUUCAAUAUUUUUCGUAACAUUUGCCAUAACUAGUGCGCCACGUUAUCAAACAAUUUUCUAAAGCUUUGUUACAGAUGCACCUCCUCUCACCCUCAGCCUUCUUCUCUUCUGUACUCUCUCCUUUAGCCCUGUUCACUCGUAUUUUAUCGCCAUCAGCAUUCAGAUCAGAAAUUUUGUCACCAGAGUUUCUUAGUGCUUACAUUUUGAAUCCGGAAACAUUGUUGGCCGAGAUCUUGUCGCCAAAGAUUUUGGAUGUUAGAGUAGCCAGCCCGCGGCUUUUGUCAUUGGAAAUUCUGAAUCCGAGUAAGUUCACUGAUUUCAUUUGGCUAGUCUCUGUUCUAAGAAUCCGGGCUAGUGCUUUGGGCUAGGGCUCUGGGCUAGGGCUCUGAGCUAAGGCUCUAGGCUAGGGCUUUGAUCUAGGGCUCUGGGCUAAGGCACUAAGCUAGGGCCAAGCAAUUAGCAAAAAGAUUGAUGUACUGUAUAACUUUCUUUAGCUAUCUUAUCACCACGAGUAGGGUCACCAGAAUCAGCAGGUAUUCGUGUGCUGUCGCCAAGCAUCCUUUCACCUCACAUUAUGAGCGACGGGCAUUUGAACAUCGAGGUGAGUCUUAGUAACUUAAAAACUGUAGUCUUAACUUUACUAUAUGUUAGGUCUUUAGUAAAGGUAUGACUAUAAGCAAUGGAAAGAAGAUUUCCAAAAGUUACUGUAUGAUUUUUGUAGAUCCUAUCACCUCAUUUACUAAGCGGACACAAUGAAGCUGGGCAUGAUAAAGAGGAAAACCAUCAUUUUAGUCCGGAACAUCACCACGAACACAUGGACAACAUUUAUGAACAUUUUCUACCGCCGCAUUUACAAACAAUGCAUAAUAAUUGA